ACACUCAACUUCACUCAAGACAUCACCUUCUUCUUGUAUCGAACUGAUCUCGAAACAAAGUAGACUGUGGUAGAUAACGAAUGCAACAAAUAACAGCCCGAGCUACCCGUCACAAAAACACAUUUACCUGGCAUAUACCGAGUAUAGAAAAGGUAAAAGCCAAUGAAUGAGAAGUAGGUUGUGUUCUCUCACCGGUCUGUGUUUACCAGUUCAUAUCGUUCUGCAGUAGUUUGAACUCUAGUAUUACAGUAAAUAACGGUAUAAAAUGACAAAAUAUAUUGUUAUUGGAGUAGUUUUGAUGUCGCUUUCAUCUUGGCCAUUAUCAAUUGCAUUAAGUCAGUUGAAAUGUAUGCAAAUCGAGCGAAAUAUUAUAAUAACAGGAGUGGGUUUAUUUCUGGCAGCACUGAUUGGAACCUUUUUUCUAUUUAAAAAGUACUUUCAGAAUGUUGAUCCGAUGAUGUAUGUUCUAAGCCUUUUCUGCUAUGAUGCAGUAAGUGGCCUUGGAACAGCUCUUGAACUAGAUGGGUACAUUCCAACUAUUAAAUCAAGCAAUGUAUCUACUGUAGAGCCAUAUCUGAAAACAGCUCAUGGCACAGUUAUCACCUACUGGAAUGGGAUAGUGCACUCUAUCCUUUGUUUAUUUGCUAUUGCUCUUUAUACACGCAGGGAUAGUCACAGAGAAAUUGUUCUGUACUGGGCAGGGUCUCUGUUGAACAGUAUGCUUGUUCUGUUGCCAGGUUGCUUAACUGGCUCCAGUACUAUCAAAACUCCAACUUACUUCAAUGGAAUCAAUUUGGUAUUGCCUCUGGUUACAAUCUUUUAUUACAUUCAAAGAAGUCCCCUUCAAGCCAGAACAUUUUUGACAUAUCCAUCCAUUUUCAAGAGACCAGUGGAUCUGUUGUUCAUCAUCUACUUUUUAUUUGCGUCUUUUAUGGCGGUGUUUAAGGGUUUGGCUGUUUUAGGUGGUAAUCCUAAAUGUAUGACAGACUACCUCAAGGUUUAUGAACCAUAUCUUACAGAAUCAUCUAAUUUCCCAAAGUUUCAGGCUUUGACAUAUGAAUACAUCUUCUUGAUCUACUAUUUGUGCGCCAUCUAUGGGCUACUAUAUCCAGGUCAACAUUGGAUGGCUGAUUGGUCUAUUAUUCAUGCAGGUGGUGCAGCACAGGCACAGUUUAGCUAUAUUGCUGGUUCUCUUCAUCAUCGCACACCAACAGCCUUUCGUUCACCUCUAAAGGGAAAUGCAGCAAUAGCUUUCUGGGGAAUCAACAUGGCACUGUUCAUAGUACCACAGCUGUUUGUAUGGUGGUGUCAGCGUGACCCUGAUCACUAUGGGCGAACAUACACUGUUGUUCUUGCUACACCCAAACCAAAUAAAUUAGUUCCAGCUCGCCGUCCAGUCAAAUAUCAAUAUAAAGAUGACUGAAAUUGGAUACCAAAAAAAAUAACCUUAAUGAGAAUGAAAGAUCAUAUAAAGAAUGACUCAGUUUUGAAGAAUAUUUCUGUAUAUACUUAAAUACAGGUUAAUGCAGCAUACAUUAUGUAUUUACUCAAGGUUGUUUAUACCACAUCUUUAUCUGUCAUGAUGUCAGCUUAAUUAAUCAUAGGUGCUAUUGUUUUACUCUUACAACAUUUAUGCUCUAGCAAUAUUUUUGGGUGCAAAUUUAACUUCUUAUAGUGUGGAAGUGCAUCAUAAAUGCAAUACAUCUAAUGGGUGAAAUUUUUUUAUUUCAUUGUCUUAACUUGUAUAAUUUUCUUAUAUUUACAUUACUAUUUAUUAUGGUGUUGGAGUAUGUUAUACAGUCUUUUUUCUUUUUCAUCAGACAAGAGUUGGAACUCUAUUUUUAUGUUAUUACUCUGAAUCAUUAUUUUCAUUUAUAGAGAACUAUAAUUUAGUGAUUUACAUAACAAUGCUUUUCCAUUUUGAAAAUUUACUGUCUGAAAAUGUAAGUAAAUACACAAGAAUCUUAAUUAAAGUUCCAUUCUGUCUGUGCAUACUUACUUGGCAGCAUUUAAUUAAAUGCAUUUCCACUUAUAUUUUUUUGUAAAUCUGUUCUUGCCAUAACCAUGUAUCAAUAUUGUUCUCUCUUGAACAUUUUACACUGCUAGCCUGGUCACAUUUUACAGUGUCCAUUUAUUUCCCACUAUAUAUUUUUUAUAUUCAACUGUACUUACCUUUUUUUUAUGCAUGAGAUAGUGUCUUAAGUAAAUAUUGUUAUACAAGCUUUCUGUGUAUGUAGUUUAAAUUAGAAAGUAGCUACAAUUUAUAUAUUUAACGUAAAAAAAAAGAGCUAAAAUGAAUAGAAAAAAUGAGAACAAAAUGCAUUAUAGUUUAU